GAAGGGUGGGAAAUGAAGCACUAUCUCUGGAGGAAGGGAGCACUGGAGCUCACUAGACUCAGCUCCUUCCACUCAGGCCUUUGUGUGCUAAGCCACUGCCACUGAAAAUGUUGCAGCACCUUCCACCUGUGGCUUUCAUCAGACUGCUGCAAUAUCCAGGCAGCUUGUGAAGCUUUGAGAGCUGGGCAGGGAAAGCACGAGCUUUCCAUAAAGUUCUUUCUCCCAUGAGAGGGAAGUUUUGCUCAGGACAGAUGGGAUGAUCUUCCUAGCUCUCCUCUGUCCUGCUCCAGCCUCUCCGAGCUUCCAGCUCUCCCAGACCUCUUCUACCAAAUUUUCCUGCCCAGGUUUUACUGGCCUGGUUAAUUUUCUUCUGUAGGACUCACAAGGAGUUCAUUUCAAUUUGCUGCAAAUUUGGUGGGACUGGUGCUUAGCCAGAGUGGUUCCUGUGGGGAAACCAGGUGGAUCAGCAUCAGGAGAGUGGCAGGGGUAAUUGGGGUGCCAGGGCUGAUUGGCAUCUCGGAGUGCACAGGGGCUGUCCUCAGUGGAGAACAGGGAAUUCAGAGGGUCCCAGCUAGGUGGUGGCACCUGCCCUGCCAUUGCAGCCCUCUGGGCUGAGCAGUGAGACUUGUGGAGCAGUAGAGCUGUGGGGAGCAACACCUUACCACACACCUCAGGAAGCAUUGCCGUGUCUCCCACUCCCUGCUUCAGCCCUCUGUCCCCUGCUUCCCACUGUCCCCUUGCCCUGACAGCCACAGCUGGCCUGGACUCAUGGGCAAGCCUACUUAAUUCCUGGUCUCUGUUAACAGCCACCAUCCGGAUGCAAUGGAAACCUUUUUUAGGCGGCACUUUGGGCGGAAAGGGCCGCGGCGCAGCAGCGUGGUGGCCGUGCCCACGGGCAAGGUCAGGCGCCGCUCCCAGGUGGGGCUGCCCUCCAGCUCGCUGGCGCAGUGCCGCCGUGGCUCCGGCACCCCAGCGGCAUCGCUCUCCUGCCUGGGCCUGGUCCGCCGGCCCGGCACCCGCCGCCGCUCCAGCACCACGCCGCCCUGCCUCAGCCCCAGGUUUGCCGUGCAGAAGAAGCGCGGGGGCCAGACACAAGCUAUUGAUGCCCAGCUGCUGGGUCCCACCGUGCUCCUGGCCGGCCUCGUUCCCACGGGAGAGGAGCAGGACAGGGCUCACGGCACUGACAGCUCCAGGUCUGAGUCUCCAGAGGACGGCGGUGCAGCAGCGGGAGCUGAGCAGGCCCAGCAGGAGCACGGUGCUGAGGAGACGUGGCUGGCCAUGCUGCCCCAGCCGCGGCCGCUGCAGGCGGCCCGGCUGUCGCGGGGCCCGCGCUGCCUGCGGCGCGCCUCCUCGCACCGCCUGCCCACCGAGGCCACGCACGGCCGGGCUGGCUACGGCCUGCCGGGCCGCUACCGCCGCCUCAGCCAGCGCCGCCGCUCCAGCGACGCCCCGCAGCCCGGGCUGCUCCCCGCUGGCCACCCGCGGCUGCUGGCCCAGCGCUCUGCAGGAGCGGCCGGAACCAGGUGCCGCCCUGCCACCCUCGCCGAGGGUUUGGGACCGGAGCCCGCCUGCCGCAGCGCCCCGGACGGCUGGAGCCCCCGGCUGCUGAAAGCUAUUGCCAAAUCCAGUCUCCAGCACAUGGUAGCCCAGCCGAACCCGGCACUAGCCAUGAGGAGCGACUCGGAGAGGCAGAUAUGCAGCACUGUGGAUUGGAGCGAGGCUGCGGUCUAUGGGGAGCACAUCUGGUUUGAGACCAAUGUCUCUGGGGACUUCUGCUACGUUGGGGAACAGAACUGCAUGGCAAAGCUUCUGCAAAAGCCUCUCUCCAGGCGUAAAUGUGCAGCCUGCAAGAUCGUAGUGCAUACACCCUGCAUUGAACAGCUGGAGAAAAUAAAUUUCCGCUGCAAACCUUCCUUCAGGGAGUCAGGAUCCCGGAACAUACGGGAGCCCAUUGUUGUCCGACAUCACUGGGUGCACCGGAGGCGGCAGGAAGGGAAAUGCCGGCAGUGUGGCAAGGGUUUUCAGCAGAAGUUUGCCUUCCACAGCAAAGAGAUUGUAGCCAUCAGCUGUUCAUGGUGCAAACAAGCGUAUCACAGCAAAGUAUCAUGCUUCAUGCUGCAACACAUUGAAGAGCCCUGCUCACUGGGGGCUCACGCUGCUGUUGUCGUUCCUCCCACCUGGAUUCUGCGGGUCCGGCGACCCCAGAAUCCUCUGAAAUCUAGUAAGAAGAAGAAGAGGACAUCAUUCAAGCGGAAAUCCAGCAAAAAGGGGGCCGAGGAAGGGAGGUGGAAACCCUUUGUCAUCAAGCCCAUGCCAGCUCCUCUCAUGAAGCCCUUGCUGGUGUUUGUGAACCCCAAGAGCGGUGGGAAUCAGGGAGCCAAGAUCAUCCAAUCCUUCAUGUGGUAUCUCAACCCACGGCAAGUUUUCGACCUCAGCCAGGGUGGACCCAAGGAGGCGCUGGAGCUAUACCGCAAAGUCCACAACCUCCGAAUCCUAGCGUGCGGGGGAGACGGCACGGUGGGCUGGAUACUCUCCAUUCUGGACCAGUUACGCAUCAACCCACCUCCUCCUGUCGCCAUCCUACCUUUGGGGACAGGGAAUGAUUUGGCCAGAACGCUGAACUGGGGUGGGGGUUACACAGAUGAGCCUGUGUCCAAGAUCCUUUCCCACGUAGAAGAUGGGAACAUAGUGCAGCUUGAUCGGUGGAACCUCCAUGUGGAGCCAAACCCUGACACAAACCCUGAGGAAAAGGAUGAGGCUGCUGCUGACAAGCUGCCUUUGGAUGUCUUUAAUAACUACUUCAGCCUUGGCUUUGAUGCACGGGUGACGCUGGAGUUCCACGAAUCCCGAGAGGCCAACCCAGAGAAGUUCAACAGCCGGUUUCGGAAUAAAAUGUUCUAUGCUGGGACGGCCUUCUCCGACUUCCUCACCGGGAGCUCCAAAGACUUGGCAAAGCAUGUCAGGCUGGUUUGUGAUGGGACAGACUUGACCUCCAAGAUUCAGGACCUGAAGCCACAGUGCCUGGUCUUCCUUAACAUACCAAGGUACUGUGCAGGCACCAUGCCCUGGGGCAACCCUGGGGAGCACCAUGACUUCGAGCCCCAGCGCCAUGAUGAUGGCUGCAUUGAAGUUAUUGGCUUCACCAUGACAUCACUGGCUGCCUUGCAGGUUGGUGGCCAUGGGGAGCGGCUCUGUCAGUGCCGGCAGGUGGUUCUCACCACAUCCAAGGCCAUCCCCAUGCAGGUGGAUGGAGAGCCCUGCAAGCUGGCGCCUUCCUGCAUCCACAUCUCUCUGCGCAACCAAGCCAACAUGGUGCAGAAGACCAAGCGGCGCAACUCCAUGCCUCUGCUCAAUGACCAGCAGCCAGUGCCUGAGCGGCUGCGGAUCCGGGUGAGCCGAGUCAGCAUGCGUGACUAUGAGGCACUGAACUAUGACAAGGAAAAGCUCAAGGAAGCCUCUGUGCCACUGGGCAUCAUUGUGGUUCCAGGAGACAGUGACCUGGAGUUGUGCCGGACACAGAUUGAGAAGCUGCAGGAGGAGGGUGAUGGAGCCAAGCCGAAGACCCUGUCAUUCCAGAAGCUGUCACCCAAGUGGUGCUUCCUGGACUCAACCACGGCCGAUCGGUUCUACAGGAUAGACCGUGCACAGGAACACCUCAACUACGUGACAGAGAUCUCUCAGGAUGAACUCUAUGUGCUGGACCCAGAGCUAGUGGUCACUCAGACUGUGAGCACUUCUCCUGCCAUGCCUGACCUUGUGGAUUCAUCUGCCACACCCCCUGGGCACCAUUUUGCAUUUCCCUCCUCUUCCUCCUCUCCACCCUCCUCUCCUGCCCCCAGCGUUGAGCCUGAGCACUGCCUCACACAUAAAGAUGACCUUCUGAUAGAAGCUGCCAAGAGUGGCAACUUCAGCAAGUUCCAAGAGCUGCACCGAGCUGGAAGAGACUUGAUGGUGCGAGACUCCUCUGGCCAGACCGUCCUCCACCAUGCUGUCAAAUCGGGAAGCAAGGACAUCGUCAAAUACAUCAUUGAGAAUGCUCCUUCAGAAAUCCUUGAUGCCACAGAGGAGGAGAAGGAGACACCCCGAAGCACCGUGCUGAGAAAGCCAAUGACCCCGACUUAGCUGCCUACCUCGAGAACCGACAGCACUACCAGAUGAUCCAGCGGGAGGACCAGGAGACAGCUGUGUAGUGCUUGGCGUGCCUUAGCCCAAGCCAGCUCAUGCAGGAUGAGAAGAGGACAAUGCCAACUGGCAGAGCUGUAUCUGGCCCAACCCUCCCCAGAUGCCAACCUGGUCCCUGGAGAUGGAUACAGAAGAGUUCUGCCCCAGGCUGGGCUGGGAGUCUGUUUAUGUGGACAAGAUAUUUCAGACUUGAAGCCUGAUUCUUUGUGUGUCCACCCCUUCACCUUUAUUCACCACAUUCCCUGCUGUAGGUGGGCUCUAACCCCCAGCUAUGUUGGAGCAGGCCAGGCUGAAGCCCCCAGUCACCCUUGUUCAUGGCAGUAAUGCCAGUGCCCCCUCCAUAGGCUCCUACUUAUAAUCCUUGUGGGAUAUUAUUGCUCAGCCCCUCUCUCUGCUGGCAGUGCCCCUCUUUUAUGUGCUUGGCUAGGUUUGUGUCCUGUUCCUCCUCUCCUGUCUGGCACAGCUGUGGGAGGCACAGGCUGCAUCGACAGACUGCAGAGGCUGUGAGCGGCAGACUUCGCCCUAAAGGAAGCACCGCAACUUACUGGCCCUGCCUUCUGCCCUCUUCUGGGGCUGCACCAGGUCUCUUGUGUUACCUCCCCAGAGCCUUCUGAAGCAGGAGGGAAGUCACUUGUGCAUCCAGCCUUCCCUCAGAGCAUCUGGGACUGGUGCAGCUGGAAGCAGGGCAGCAGGUGCCCUCCUGAUGGGCCUUUAGUGCUCAGUCAGCAAUCUGGCUCAGGGCUGGGAUGGCAUGGAGGAAGGCUACCAAACCCUCCCACCAGACUUCUCUCCAUGGGGCUGGGUGGAGCAGUUUGCAUACCCACUCUGCUGAGCAUCUCUUUGUGAGCCUGCUGCAGGAUGGUGGAGAGCUGCACUCAAAUGGGGCAGUGGCAGCAAGUGACACCUGUUGUAUUUCCCAAAUGCUGACUUGGAUACAGAUGCCCUCCCUGCUUCAGUUUCCCCCUCAAUGCUAGACUUUGCAUGGGGCUGGACGGGCAGUGCUGAGGUCAGUGCUGCUCUCAGGGAUCCCCUUCCCCCGGCAAACUGGCAACAUGUAUCCUCUUAGUCUGAUUCCUGCAAUUCCCCAAACUAGGCACAAGGCUUUGCAGGGAGAACUCGAGAGCUCACCCAGCUGAGACCCGACCCACCUGGGCAGACCACAAGCUCACCCACCAGUUUUAGCAGGAAGAAGGAUUGGGAUUCACAGGAACCAUCAUGGCUCCUAGCCCUGAGUCAUGACUGCAACAAGAUGUAUUUCACCAUCCUCCUGCUAUGGGGCAUGAGGCACCCCAGUCCAUCUCCCCUGCUGAUGCUGGGAGCGCUUAAUGCCAAGACAUCAAGCCAGGCCUUCAGCAAGGCUUUUGCAGAACUGAAUCUCUGAGACUAGGAGGUGCCCACAGAGGGAAGCUGAUGGCUCUGAGCCUAGCAGACCUGCUUGGCAUUUUGGGGUGGGCAGUGGUUGAAAAGGGGUUGCUGUUCACAGGAGAGGAUACUGCUGUGCAGUCCCUCUGCACUCACAUGCAGCUGUGCCCCCUAGGUAGUGCUGGGUGGCACCAUUUGAAUCCUUCCUACUACCAAGAAAACAGUAUGAAGAUACUGUAGGGAACCAGAAUACCCUUCAAACUUUUUGGCCAGGGGCAAGGAAACUUGAAGGAGGGGGGAUGCUGUACUGGGGAAUAGAGGUGCAGGAUAGUGCAGAGUGCCCAGUGGCCAAUUGCCAGUAUUGGCAAAUAAUAAUGAUCGUGUACUAAUGCUACAGCUGGGACUCUCCAGAAGUGCCUGGAGUUCUCAUCAGAACUGCUGGCAGGCCACUAAUAGGCAAGUCAGUGUCGUCUUCUCAGAGGUCCACACCACUGCUGCCCCACGACUGGAUGCCCAACUUGGCCAGAGGCAUCUAGAGCCUCAGCUUUCCCCUUUCUCCCUUAGAGUUUUUGUACAGGUAGUUGAGAGACACACUGUCCCCCUCCCUGCCUGGCCCCUCCGUGCACCUGUGAGCUGAGUUGCUGUGCAAUUCCAGGCCUGCUUAUAUUUGGUGAAGAAGGAGGGGGUGUUGGUCACCCUGCCCCUGAGGGCAGGGGUUCUGUGCAAUACCUGGGUCUGUGUUUCUUAGACGCUGUUGUAGGACUGUAUUUUUGUAACUAUGUGAGGGUGCUGGCUCCAGCCGGCCUAGGGCCUGGCACGAGCCUGUAUUCCCAUUGCUUUUCAACUUUGACUGUUUGGAUGUUGUUUCUUGCCAUUGAAAUAAAGAGAUUGAUGUUUUA